UUCUCUCUGGUUUCCCUCAACCACCUCGGAUCUCCUCGAUUCACAACCCCAUCAUUUUCUCUCCGUCGAAGGGAAGUCUUUUUGCUUAUUAUUACAUAAUCUUUGGAGAAAUCUUGAUGAAUCAAUGGUGGGUUACUGGCACCUCUCAAUGCUUUACAUCGCCCAACAAGUUUGAUGUCAGUAUGUCCACAUUUUCUUUACUAACUCAUCGUAGACUCUCCGAGUAACUUGUUUCUGGCAUACGGGUUUGUUUCUUAUGAUUUGAGGGGCACUCGCCUGGAUUUUUUUUUUUAUGGAAUCUAUUAAUGGGUUCUGAUGAAUACGAGGUUCCGAGCUUGAAUUUUGCGUUUCUUGAUUGAAUUUGAAGAUUGUGGGGAUGUUUUGAUUUCUUUGUGCUUCCCAAGUUUUUCUUACGAUGUUUCUUUUAUUGUUUGGAAACUUUGGUCAUUAUUGGGGCUUUAUGCGAGGUUGGAUUUGAACUGAUUCUGAUUGGCUAAGUUGCUGGUUAUUGUGGACCAUAGUUUCUAAACUCCGAUGUUUUGGGAUCUUGAAAUGAUCCUUUGUUUUACUAUCGGAAGUAGGUUUUUCGAAUCUUGCUGAUAUGGGCGAUUGAAAUUAUGGAAGUUUUUCAAAGGAGUAAGUCAUUCAACCAAAGAGCCUUGAGCGUUGUAAGCCCAAGAUCCCUGAGUUUGGGAAGCCCAAGAGUUAAUCGAUCAAGCUUCAAUUGGCGACGGUUUCAUGUACUUAUCACGAUUGGAUUUUCGAUUUCCUUCCUUAUGGCCAUUGGUGUAGUAUAUAUUUAUGUGCUUCCUAGUCUCACACAGGCUUUUCAUGGUUUUGGUAUUUCCGUUCCUUCAGGGACAUCUGAUGAAAAAAAGAGUUUUGGUAUUUCCAAUUCAAACGAAUCAUUGGAAGAUUGUGAUAUAUUUGAUGGAAGCUGGGUCCAGGAGAUUACCUACCCUUUAUACAAUGCUUCAGAAUGUCCUUUUGCAGAACGAGGAUUUAACUGCUUGGGAAAUGGGAGGGUAGACAAAGAUUAUCAAGAAUGGAGGUGGAAGCCCAAGAACUGUGAUAUUCGCUUGUUCAAUGUGAAUGAAGCAUUGGAAAGCCUUCGAAAUAAGAGGGUCGUAUUUGUUGGAGAUUCUAUGAGUAGAACCCAAUGGGAGUCUCUGAUAUGCAUGCUUAUGACUGGCAUAGAGGAUAAACAUAGUGUGUAUGAAGUUAAUGGGAAUGAGAUAACAAAACUGAUAAGAUAUCUUGGUGUUCGGUUCAGCUCAUUCAAUUUUACAAUUGAGUUCUUUCGCUCCGUUUUCUUGGUUCAGCAUGGCUGGAUGCCUAGGCAUGCUCCCAAGCGGGUUAGGUCAACACUUAAAUUGGACAAGUUGGAUGAUAUUAGUAAUCAGUGGGUUGAUUCAGAUAUUCUCAUAUUCAACUCAGGACAAUGGUGGGUGCCUGGAAAGCUUUUUGAAACGGGCUGUUAUUUCCAGACCGGGAACUCGCUAAGACUUGGGAUGUCAAUUCCUAAUGCUUUCGGAGUUGCGAUGAACACUUGGGCAUCGUGGGUUGAAAAAAGGAUUGAUACAAACCGAACGCGCAUCUUCUUCCGGACUUUUGAGCCAUCUCAUUGGAGCAAUCAUUCCCGAAGGUCAUGCAACGUGACCCAACACCCAGUGUCAGAAACCGAGGGGAGAGACCAAAGCCUAUUUACUGACACCAUAUUAGAGGUGGUGAAAAAUAUGAAAGUUCCUGUAACUGUCCUGCAAAUAACCUCCAUGUCGGCUUUCAGGAGAGAUGCACAUGUGGGUAAUUGGAGUGACAGUCAAUUAGUACCUGAUUGUAGCCACUGGUGUCUUCCGGGAGUGCCAGAUAUGUGGAACGAAAUUGUCUUUUCAUACCUGCUCACUAACCAUGGAAAUUCUCUUCAAUCAAAUCAGAUUGGAGCAUAAUAUGGUGAAGGAUAAUUUACGUUACUUCUUUUUCUCUGGCGCAGACGGAACAGAUACACAUUUGAUGAGAACCAGAUCAUACCUUAGCAAGUAAACUACCUCUGGUCUACAAGCAUAUCCGAGGUAGAUACUGAAGCCUGACAAUCGGAUAAGCUUAAAUGGACUGUAGAUUCUGGAAGCAACCAUUCUGCAAUCCUAGACGUACCAUCAACCUUUCAGAUAAUUUGUAUAGCUACACACGGAUAGGAAAGUUGUGGAUUUUUUCAUUCUUUCUGCAUUUCUUCAUUAUUUUUUUUGUGGGGGAGGGAGGUGGGACUGAUAUUCGGUCUCCAAGAUGUUAAAGUUUUGUCCUUUUUUUGUUCAGUAAUGAAACUUUAGCUGAUGACAAAGAGAACUUUCAAGCAAAAAGGAAAGAAAGCUUCUGAGAUUCACUAUUUUA